CAGCCUGCACAGCAGCAGUCUUAGAUCUGCUGUUCGAUCCCACCAGAGGGGAUGAGGACUCCUGGGAAGCACCGGAGAGCUCCACAUCCUGAGAGACCCAACCGGAGGAAACAGAACAGGUUCCACAAAGAUGGAAAGCCUAGGAAAACAAAGAGGAGAAGAACAGCAGAAACACCAGUUAGAAGAUGUUUUGAUGUGGAGAAUGGGUUAUCAGUGGGACGCAGCCCUCUGGAUCCUCAGGCCAGUCCCAGUUCUGGUCUGGUCCUGCAGACAAACAGUCAGCGACGGGAGUCCUUUCUGUACCGCUCGGACUCUGAGUUUGACCUGUCACCCAAAUGUCCUUCCAGAAACCCAUCCACUGCCAGCGACCUGGAAGAAAGCUUGAAGCAUUGGGAGGUCAACUGGUUGUCGUCUCGACAUUCAGAAGACAUGAUAGUCACACCUUUUGCACAGAUUCUUGCCAGCUUGAGGACAGUCCGGAGUAACUUUGCCAUCAUAACUGGUCAACAAGACCGAACAGCCAGCAAGACAAGAGUGUCAGGCAGCAACCCACCAUCAAUGUGCAAAAGCAGCCUCGCAGAAGAACCACACCAGCAGCUGGCCAUAGAGACACUGGAUGAGCUGGACUGGUGUCUGGAACAACUAGAGACACUGAAGACUCAACAAUCUGUCAGUGAGAUGGCCUCCAACAAGUUCAAGAGGAUGCUGAACCGAGAGCUCAGUCAGUUGUCAGAAACCAGCCGCUCUGGGAAUCAGGUGUCAGAGUUCAUUUCCAGCACCUUCCUAGAGAAGCCCCAUGACAUGGACAUCAUGUCUCCCUCCACUAAGGAGAAAGACAAAAAGAAACAUCCGAUGUAUCAGAUCAGCGGUGUAAAGAAGGCUACUCACAGCCUUGCCCUCUCCUCCAUCCCUCGCUUUGGGGUCAACGCCAGCCAGGAAGAACUCCUUGCUGAGGAACUUGAAGACAUUGACCGAUGGGGUAUUGACAUCUUUAAGAUUUCAGAGUAUUCAGGGAAUCAUCCGCUAACAGUCACAAUGUAUACAAUCUUUCAGGAACGUGACUUGCUGAAGUCUUUCAAGAUUCCUGUGGACAUUUUCAUCAACUUUAUGAUGACACUGGAGGAUCAUUACCGUGCUGAUGUGGCUUAUCACAACAACAUUCAUGCUGCAGAUGUAGUCCAGUCCACACAUGUGCUGCUGUCCACACCAGCACUGGAGGCUGUCUUUACUGAUCUGGAGAUUAUUGCUGCACUGUUUGCUGCUGCCAUCCAUGAUGUUGACCACCCUGGAGUUUCCAACCAGUUUCUCAUCAACACCAACUCAGAGCUCGCCCUAAUGUACAAUGACUUGUCUGUGCUGGAGAAUCAUCACCUGGCUGUGGGCUUUAAACUUCUGCAGGAAGAUAACUGUGACAUUUUUCAGAACCUGAGUAAAAAACAGAGACAGUCACUACGUAAAAUAGUCAUUGACAUGGUGCUGGCCACUGAUAUGUCUAAACAUAUGAACCUAUUAGCAGACCUAAAAACCAUGGUGGAGACAAAGAAAGUCACCAGCCUUGGUGUUUUGCUUCUGGACAACUACUCUGAUCGCAUACAGGUUCUUCAGAACAUGGUUCACUGUGCAGACCUGAGUAAUCCCACCAAACCCCUUGAAUUGUACCGUAAGUGGACAGAAUGCAUCAUGGUGGAGUUUUUUACUCAGGGGGACAGGGAGAGAGACAAAGGAAUGGAGAUCAGUCCCAUGUGUGACAAACAGAAUGCGUCCAUAGAGAAGAAUCAGGUGGGUUUUAUUGACUACAUUGUUCAUCCUUUAUGGGAGACAUGGGCUGACCUCGUACAUCCUGAUGCUCAGGAGAUCUUGGACACUUUAGAGGACAACAGAGAGUGGUACCAGAGCACGAUUCCUCACAGCCCUUCACCUAGUCCAGAGGACCAGGAGAAAGAAAUCCUCCUGGAAAAUGCUUCAGCACCUGGUGGGGUUACGGGCUCUGCUACAGCUAGAAAGAUCCAGUUUGUGAUGGCUCUAGAUGAAGAAAGUGAAACUGACACCAGGGACUUGCCAGAAGAACAGAAGCUCCACAGAAGUGGAUGUGACUCAGCGUCUGUAAUGACUCUGCUCAACAAAGCCCGCACCGCUGACCCUGGCAGGACGUUUUCUUUAGACCCUGAGAAGGAUGUGGCAGAAGACAGAAGAACAGACCAAGAAGGCCUUACUGCGGUACCAAUUUUCAGGCUUGGCACAUAA